CCGUUUCAUGUUUUAGAUCCAUCCAUCCAUCCACCACCCUUUGACUCCAAUUCUCCCCAAUUUCCCCCAACAUUUCACCCUCAUAAACAAAAACCUCCAUUUUUUCCGGCCAAACCACAACCACCAUGUCGACGGAGAUGGCCACCACUGAUCCCGAAGGUCUCGACGGCGUCCGCCUCACCUGGAACGCCUGGCCUCGCACCAAAGUCGAAGCCAGCAAAUGCAUCAUUCCAUUCGCCGCCUCAAUCUCUCCGAUCCGCCCUCAUCCUCACAUUCCGACCAAUCCUUACGCUCCUCUCCGCUGCAAAACCUGCUCUUCGAUCCUCAAUCCUUUCUGCCGCGUCGAUUUCUCCGCCUUAAUCUGGAUCUGUCCGUUUUGCUUCCAACGGAACCACUUUCCGCAUCACUUUUCCGGCAUCUCCGAAACGAACGUUCCGGCGGAGCUGUAUCCGCAGUACACGACGAUCGAGUACAGUUUUCCGGUGAAUGAUUUGAAUCGUACGGUUCCGAUGCCGGUUACGGUGCCGGUGUACCUGUUUGUGCUUGAUACGUGUGUGAUCGAGGAGGAGUUAGGGUUUGCGAAAUCGGCGUUGCAACAGGCGCUUGAAUUGUUGCCGGAGAAUGCGUUGGUAGGAUUUGUGUCGUUUGGGACGCAGGUGCAGGUGCAUGAGUUAGGGUAUUCGGAUAUGAAUAAGGUUUAUGUGUUUCGAGGAUCGAAAGAGAUGAGUAAGGAGCAGGUUUUGGAGCAGUUAGGGUUAGGGUUGGGAGGUGGUGGUGGUGGGAGGAGAGGUGGUGGUGGUGUGCCUGGGCAAGGGUUUCAGAAAGGUGUGCAGGGUCAGGGGUUUCCGAAUCCGAACUCGAAUGCUGGUGUUUCGAGGUUUUUUUUGCCGGCUUCGGAAGGUGCAUAUAUUAUUCACUCGCUUUUGGAGGAGUUAGGCACGGAUCAAUGGCCGGUUCAACCGGGUCAUCGAUCUUUGAGGUGCACCGGGGUUGCAUUGAGUGUUGCAGCUGGUUUGUUAGGGGCUUGUAUGGCUGGUACUGGUGCGCGAAUCGUGGCGUUGGUUGGUGGUCCUUGCAAUGAAGGCCCUGGUUCCAUUGUAUCAAAGGAUCUCUCGGAUCCAGUACGUUCACAUAAAGAUUUGGAUAAGGAUGCGGCACCAUAUUUUAGGAAGGCGGUUCAAUUCUAUGAAGAACUUUCGAAUCAAAUGGUCAGCCAGGGUCAUGUGUUGGACCUUUUUGCUUCUGCACUUGACCAGGUUGGGGUGGCAGAGAUGAAAGUUGUUAUAGAAAAAACCGGUGGCCUUGUUGUUCUAUCCGAAAGUUUCGGGCAUUCGGUUUUCAAGGACUCAUUUAGACGGGUCUUUGAGAAGGGGGAGGAAUCUCUUGGUCUCGCUCAUAAUGGAAUGCUUGAGAUCAAUUGUUCAAAGGACAUUAAAAUUCAAGGGAUCAUUGGACCUUGCACAUCGUUGGAAAAGAAAGGACCCGCUGUUGCGAGCACAGUGAUUGGGCAGGGGAACACCACAGCUUGGAAGUUAUGUGGACUAGACAAAAAUACGUGUUUGACUGUUUUCUUCGAUAUAUCAUCGAGUGACAAGUCAGAUGCUUCAGGAAAUGUAAAUCCACAGCUGUUUAUACAGACUGUUACAAGUUACUUGAGUAUUGAUGGAGAAUCAAAGAUGCGAGUUACUACCAUUACUAGAAGAUGGCUAGAGACUUCUGUUUUAUCAGAGGAAUUAGUACAAGGUUUUGAUCAAGAGACUGCUGCGGUGGUAAUGGCUAGAUUAACUUCGUACAAAAUGGAAAUGGAGGAAUCGUUUGAUGCAACAAGGUGGCUAGAUAGAACCCUCAUUCGUCUCUGUUCUAAAUUUGGUGACUACCGAAAAGAUGAUCCAUCUUCAUUUGCAUUAAACCCUAGUUUUUCUUUGUUCCCUCAGUUUAUGUUCAAUCUCCGUAGAUCACAGUUUGUUCAGGUGUUCAAUAAUAGUCCAGAUGAGACUGCUUAUUUUCGCAUGAUGCUUAACCGCGAGAGCAUAACAAAUGCAGCUGUCAUGAUACAACCUUCACUAAUAGCAUAUUCAUUUAAUUCACUGCCUGCACCUGCAUUACUCGAUGUGGCUUCAAUUUCAGCUGAUAGAAUCCUUUUAUUAGAUUCUUAUUUUAGCGUAGUUAUUUUUCAUGGAAUGACAAUCGCACAAUGGAGGAACAUGGGUUACCAGAAUCAGCCAGAACACCAGGCGUUUGCUCAAUUAUUGCAAGCACCACAUGAUGAUGCAGAAAUUAUUAUACGUGAUCGCUUUCCGGUUCCAAGAUUGGUGGUGUGUGAUCAACAUGGUUCUCAGGCUCGUUUCUUGUUGGCCAAGUUAAACCCGUCAGCAACAUACAACAACGAAGGGUCACCUGGAAUGGAUGUUAUUUUCACCGACGAUGUGAACCUUCAAGUAUUCUUCGAGCAUCUACAGAAGCUUGCGGUUCAGUCUUCUUGAGACUUAGAAAGUUUAAAACUUUAUACGGUCUCAAAAUCCAUAGGAUGUGAAUGUGAUUUGUUAUCUUGAAAAGAAUAAGGAGCGUAUGGGGUUGUGUUUAAUUUUAUAUUUUUAAUUGUUGAGAAAAGAGAUUAGGCAGCAAACUAGGUGUUUGUUUUUACAUUCUAUACGUUCUAUACAUUCGACGGUUUUGUAAGUUACUUUAGGGAUUAUGUUUAUUGUGGAUCGAGGAUCUGAGGUUACCCGAUGCGAGAUUAUGCAUCUUCUUGAAGCGAGAAGGGCAAGAAAAUAUCGGGUUUUGGCUCUGUUUUCGGCUCUAGUUCUGCACUAAAUGUACACUUGAAUGUUUGUGUUUA